UAAGAAUAUAUUUUUUCUUAAUUUUAUUCCACGUUCCUUCCACCUAACGUCACCUCCGCCCACCUGUAUCUACCUCCCUCGCCCGUGAGCCUCCAACAUCUCCCUCACCACCUCAAGCGGUGGUCGAACCACCAACCCCAACUCCGCCGCGAGCAGUGGUAGGUGACAAAGGCUUUAUGGAGUCUCGGUAUCUGUUUUUCUUUUCAAAUUCUAUAAUUCCUUGAGUUCCUGUUCAUGUACUCUGUAAAUAUGAGUGACUAUGUUAUGAGUCCUGGGUUGAUUUUUUCAUUAAGCCAUUCCUCAAGCUUGUAGAAGAGGGGUCAUGGUAUGGGGUGGUAGUUUUGUGGUAUGUGAGCAGAGAGGAAGAGCCUGUAUGUUGGUGAGGAAGGAGAAAGAAGACAGUAGAAAUAAUUGCAAUUUUUCAUAUAAUUGGUUUAUUUUUUAAGAAAUCAACAUGUUUCCUAGAAAGUGGGGGAAAAUGUGUUGACUUUUCUAAAAAUAGACUAAUCAUUGAAAGUGUGUUCUAAGAAUGUGUUAAAAAUAGCAUGUUGCUAGCACUCUUGUCCCAUAAUUUUGCUUGUUGAUGGUAGACAGCACAUGUCUAUGAAUGUUAGAACUUACAUUGCAACAAUUUAAAUUUAAUAAAAUUAUAGAGCAAGUGUCCUAGCUGAAGCAUAAAUGGACUGCAUUUGGUAACAAAGGAAAACCAUCAGAAACACAAUGGAGAGGAAUAAGGUGCUAGUGAUGUACACUAUCUUAUUCUGCUUCAUGCAAUAUGAUAUCACUAUGGCUCAGAAACAAUCUAUCCAAGAUGAUGAGACCUUGGUUUCACCAGAGGGAACCUUCGAAGCAGGAUUCUUCCGCUUUGGAAAUUCUCUACGCCGGUACUUUGGUAUAUGGUACAAGAGCAUAUCACCGAGGACAAUUGUGUGGGUAGCCAAUAGAGAUGCCCCAGUACAAAACUCAACUGCAACUUUGAAGCUCACUGAUCAAGGAAACCUCCUUAUCCUUGAUGGCUUAAAGGGCAUAGUCUGGUCCUCCAAUGCAUCAAGAACUAAAGACAAACCUUUAAUGCAGCUUUUAGACUCGGGAAACUUUGUGGUGAAAGAUGGAGACAAGGAGGAGAACCUUAUAUGGGAAAGCUUUGAUUAUCCUGGUGACACUUUCCUUGCAGGAAUGAAGAUUAAGAGCAAUUUAGCAACUGGGCCUACCAGUUAUCUAACAUCUUGGAGAAACGCAGAAGACCCGGCUAGUGGUGAGUUUUCUUAUCACAUAGAUACUCAUGGCUAUCCUCAACUAGUUGUAACAAAGGGAGCAACUGUAACUUUGCGAGCAGGUCCGUGGAUUGGCAAUAAGUUUUCAGGAGCUUCUGGGCUAAGACUCCAGAAAAUCUUGACAUUCUCUAUGCAGUUCACUGACAAGGAAGUUUCCUUAGAAUAUGAAACUGUGAACCGUUCAAUUAUUACUAGAACGGUGAUCACCCCAUCAGGCACUACACAACGUUUGUUGUGGUCAGAUAGGAGUCAAAGUUGGGAGAUCAUAUCUACUCACCCCAUGGACCAGUGUGCAUAUUACGCCUUUUGCGGCGCUAAUUCCAUGUGUGAUACUUCUAACAAUCCCAUAUGUGAUUGCUUGGAAGGUUUCACACCCAAAUUUCAAGCUCAAUGGAAUUCAUUAGAUUGGACUGGAGGGUGUGUUCCAAUAAAAAAUUUAAGUUGUCAAAAUGGAGAUGGCUUUCCGAAGCACACAGGAGUGCAGUUUCCAGACACAUCUUCUUCCUGGUAUGGCAAUAGCAAGAGCCUUGAUGAGUGUGGGACGAUAUGUUUGCAAAACUGCUCUUGCACAGCAUAUGCAUAUUUAGAUAAUGUUGGUGGCAGGAGUGUCUGUCUGAAUUGGUUUGGUGACAUUCUGGAUAUGAGUGAACACCCUGACCCUGACCAAGGCCAGGAGAUCUACUUACGGGUGGUUGCUUCAGAGUUAGAUCAUAGAAGGAAUAAGAAGAGUAUCAAUAUCAAGAAGCUUGCAGGGAGUCUGGCAGGAAGCAUUGCAUUCAUUAUAUGCAUAACAAUCCUUGGAUUGGCCACAGUCACGUGUAUUCGGAGGAAGAAGAAUGAGAGAGAGGACGAGGGUGGAAUAGAAACAAGAAUAAUAAAUCACUGGAAGGACAAGAGAGGUGAUGAGGACAUUGAUUUGGCAACAAUAUUUGAUUUUUCUACCAUCUCUAGUACAACAAAUCACUUUUCAGAAAGUAACAAAUUAGGAGAAGGUGGCUUUGGACCAGUCUACAAGGGCGUAUUAGCUAAUGGGCAGGAGAUUGCUGUCAAGAGACUUUCUAAUACUUCAGGACAGGGAAUGGAGGAGUUCAAAAAUGAAGUCAAGUUGAUAGCAAGACUUCAGCACCGCAAUCUUGUGAAACUUCUUGGUUGUUCUAUUCAUCAUGAUGAAAUGUUGUUGAUCUAUGAAUUCAUGCACAACAGAAGCUUGGAUUACUUUAUUUUUGACUCAACACAAAGUAAACUAGUAGACUGGAACAAGCGCUUCCAAAUUAUUGAUGGGAUUGCUCGAGGGCUUCUUUAUCUUCACCAAGACUCAAGAUUAAGAAUUAUCCAUAGAGAUCUGAAAACUAGUAACAUUCUUCUUGAUAGUGAAAUGAACCCAAAGAUAUCAGAUUUUGGUUUGGCUAGAAUUUUUACAGGAGAUCAAGUUGAGGCUAAGACAAAGAGAGUGAUGGGAACAUAUGGCUAUAUGUCUCCAGAGUAUGCGGUGCAUGGAUCCUUUUCAGUAAAAUCUGAUGUUUUUAGCUUUGGCGUAAUCGUGCUUGAGAUAAUUAGUGGGAAGAAAAUUGGGAGAUUUUGUGAUCCUCACCAUCACCGUAAUCUUCUAAGUCAUGCAUGGAGACUAUGGAUUGAAGAAAGACCACUAGAGCUAGUAGACGAGUUAUUAGAUGGUCUAGCCAUCCCAACCGAAAUAUUACGAUAUAUUCAUAUAGCUCUAUUGUGUGUGCAACAGAGACCAGAAUAUAGGCCUGAUAUGUUAUCUGUAGUUUUAAUGUUGAAUGGCGAGAAAGAACUCCCUAAGCCAAGCCUGCCAGCAUUCUACACAGGAAAUGAUGAUCUACUAUGGCCGGAAUCUACUUCAAAAAAUUGUGAAAGGUGUUCAACAACUUCUGAAGUUACCAUCUCAUUAUUAGAAGCCAGAUAGAAUACCACUAUCAAGGUGCUAGAUCGAUAUAUGUGGCCAAAUUAACUGCAUGUUUGUAUAAACUUUGUUGACAAUGUAAGAGCACAUUAUCGUGUAUGUUUGAAUUUUCAUUAGCAUGAUUGAAGAAUUUUCAAUGGAAAUCCAUGUCUCACAUUCACCCCCUACACUAUGUGACUCCUCAUAGAGUAAUAAAGCAUGUUAUUUUGAAUGGUUUUAUGGUGCCUACUGCCAACCUACACUUCUGUAAAUUUCUUGGGGGCAGAGACAGGGACGACCCCAUGACCUUUAAGCCGGAGGGUCAUGAACAACCUUGAGCAAAACAGAGGCUCAACUUUUGAUAUAAUGGGGAGCAAAUGUCAUAUUUAGAUACUUGUUGAUACCAAUGUAAACGGAUGCUAGCACUGACUUGAGACAAAAAAUGAAUGAAAGUAUUCUUCUGGUAUAUUCAAUUUGUGCCCAAACACAUUAAAAGAGAUAAAGAUUAUGCCGUUUGAGGGCAGGGAGGAGAAUGUCUCUUGGCCAGAGUUGGACACGCUGCAUGUAGAGAGUACUUUGAAGCCCAAUUUUUUUUGGAAUUUUGAAUGGAAGGCUAUGCAUGGAGAAGCUGCAAUUCACAAUGGUAAUGAAGAAUCCUUUUAACCCGGGCUUAGUUAUUCAAUGAUCAGUACCAUUUUACUCUAAACUAAGGUGUAAAUUUCUAAACUGCUAAAGUCUUCACAUUAUUUUGGCUGACUCCAAGACUUUAUUUUGAUUCUAUGA